ACUAUCCACCACAGACGGUCCCGAGCCGGAGUGGAAGCAACAUUUCUCCCCGAUACUGCAGGAUAAUGCUGGUGGUGACAGUGAUAGCGUCGUUAUUGGCGGUGGUGGUGUCCGCGGCCAACCCACCAACGGAGCAGGCCACGGUGGAGGUGACGCUGCAGCAGGGCGCUAUCACAGGAUCGCGAGAGGAGGCAAUGAACGGCCGCGUAUACUACAGUUUCAAAAGCAUCCCCUACGCCAAGCCACCUGUUGGUCCCCUUCGCUUCAAGGAUCCUGAGCCUGCCCCCACCUGGAGCGGCGUCAGGAACGGUUCGCUGCCCAUCCCCAAGUGUCCACAAACCUCGAUAUUCAUUCUAAAACGCCAUCCCAUUGAGGGCCAGGAAGAUUGUCUCUACCUUAAUGUUUACACGCCACAGCCAUACGCAUCCAACCUGCCCGUGAUGGUGUAUAUUCACGGCGGCGCCUUUCUGGUCGGUUCAGCUGGAGAAGGAUCACCAGCACCACUGAUGCAGAAAGACAUUGUGUUGGUCACCAUGAACUAUCGCCUGGGCGCCCUAGGCUUCCUUUCAACGGGAGACAGUGUGUUGCCGGGUAAUCUUGGUCUCAAGGACCAGACUCUGGCACUCCAGUGGGUGCAGGGCAAUAUUAAGGACUUCGGCGGCGACCCUAACCAAGUCACCAUCUUCGGAAUUAGUGCCGGAGGAAUCUCGGCCCACCUCCACGUCCUUUCCCCAGGCUCAGUUGGACUGUUCCAACGAGCCAUCAUCCAGUCAGGCACAGCACUUCUUGCCACUAUCACCUCACCGAGGAAGGGUGCAAUCAGCAUCAGCAAGGCGCUCAACUGUUCUGGACCUAUAGAGAGCCAUCAACUCUUGGAAUGCUUCAAGAAUGCUACCUUGGAGGACUUGGUGGAGGCUCAAAACAGCCUUAAUGAGUGGUACGAUCUACCACUGACAGUUGGUCCCUGCGUGGAUGGUUCCUUUCUUCCACAACAUCCAGCCUCCCUACUCAGGCUUAGCCACUAUGCCGACAACGUGGAUGUAAUGAUUGGCACGGCGCAGGAGGACGGUAACCUGCUCACAGUAGGACUCUUCAGCAAGGCAGGCGAAGAAGUGCUACAGAAGCUGAAUGACAAUUUCAGUAAAGUGGGGCCAAUCAUGCUUGGGGUGACAGAGGAGGAGAAUCCAGUCUACCUGGCUCGACGUAUGUUCCUCAGAUACAUGAGUGACCUCAACGUGACGAUGGACGAUGAAUUUGCUUUGACGAAACUUAUCGGGGACCAAGCCUUCAAGACUCAUAGUCUACAGUCAGCAGGCUUCCACGCCAAAAGUCCACACAGCAAAACCUUCAUGUAUGAGCUUCAACACCCCCUCGAGAACCCCAUCAUGUCACUUUUCACGAACACAUCCAUCAAAAGGGAAAUGACGGGACACGGGGACGAGAUGAGAUACAUAUUCCAGUUUCCCGAGUUCUUGGAGCCCCUACAUCGUCCACAGGAUCUCCAUGUACAGGAGAUCUUUCUCACUCUUUGGACCAAUUUUGCUUCCACAGGGAAUCCGACCAUCAAUGGCACUCUGGGCUUCAGGUGGACUCCAGUGACACCCUAUGAUCCUCUACGUUAUUUGUCUAUCACCACCACGCCCAGCAUGCAGCAGGCUGACAGAUCGGUUUUGAACUUCUGGAAUUCUUUGCCAACUGAAACCACCAAGCUGCUCUACCCGGAGCUGUUCCUUCAAAAUUUAGCAGGGGUUUCAUGCGGGCCCGGUAACUUUUGCAGCCCAGGUCACCGUGCAGAAGUUGCUGCACACUCCUCACAGACACAUGUUCCAAUAAAUGUAGUAUCCAUCGCAGAGCCUAUGUCUCUCGGGAUCGGGAGUCGGUACGAGGUAAUCAUCCUCCCCAGUAUUCUAGAUGAGUCCCAGAACCGCUACUCCCUGGUAACAGCCAAGCAGCGCGAUGGCGGUUCCGAGACUUGGCACGACGAUGCCGCACCAUCUGCCUUCAGGCUUGCGUCUUUCCACAGAAUAAUGCUGGCGGUGACGAUGAUGACGGUGAUGGUGAUGAUGGCCGCGGCGGAGCAGGCCACGGUGGAGGUGACGCUGCAGCAGGGCGCUAUCAUAGGAUCGCGAGAGGAGGCAAUCAACGGCCGCGUGUACUACAGUUUCAAAAGCAUUCCCUACGCCAAGCCACCUGUUGGUCCUCUUCGCUUCAAGGACCCUGAGCCUGCCCUUGACUGGAGCGGCGCUAGGAACGGUUCGCUGCCCAUCCCCAAGUGUCCACAGCCUAGUUCUCGUGUUCCAGGGGCAAUCGAGGGACAGGAAGACUGUCUCUACCUCAACGUCUAUACACCAAUGCCACUUCUUUCAAACUUGCCUGUGAUGGUGUACAUUCAUGGUGGCGGUUUUAUAAUUAGUUCAGCUGGAGAGGGUGCAUCACCAGCACCUCUGAUGCAGAAGGACGUUGUGGUAGUUGCUAUGAACUACCGUCUAGGUGUUCUUGGCUUCCUCUCAACAAUGGACAACAUUCUACCAGGUAACCUGGGCCUCAAGGAUCAGGUCCUGGCCCUCCAAUGGGUCCAGGACAACAUCGAAAAAUUUGGUGGCAAUCCUCAGCAAGUCACCAUCUUUGGAGUUAGUGCCGGAGGGAUCUCAGUCCACUUUCACAUCCUCUCUCCAAGCUCUGAAGGACUUUUCCAUCGUGCUAUCCUACAAUCAGGGACAGCAUUACUGCUUGACCUAUUCAGUGUUUCUCAAGAUGUCAACAAGAUUGGCAAAUUUCUCAACUGCCCUGGUAAUGAAAGUCAGCAGCUCUUGGACUGUUUCAGACAGGCAACAGUUGAGGACCUGGUGAAAAUUCCUACUAGCCUUGAGGAAUGGUUUAACAGGCCAGUUAUCAUUGGCCCAUGCAUUGAUGGCAGUUUCCUACCAGACCAUCCAGCAGUGCUGCUCAAACAUGGUCGUUAUAAUAAGGUGGACAUGAUUAGUGGCACUACAAAGGAUGACGGCAAUGGUGCCGGCAUAGUUCUAUUCAGUGAAAGUGGAAAACAAGCACUUGAGGAGUUGAACAACAAUUUCACAAAGAUAGGGCCAGUCAUGCUCUCAAUGACAGAGGAUGAAAAUUCCGCCUACCUAGCUCAGCGUGUGAUAUUCAAGUAUAUGCCUUACAAGAAGGACUUCAGCAUUACACAUGAAGAUGAGAUUGUCCUAACAAAGAUUCUCACUGACCGUUACUACCGCAUCCCCAACGUGAGAACAGUUGACUUCCAUGCCCAACACCCGAACCUGAAGACAUUCAUGUACCAGUUUGACCAUGAACCUGAGAGAUCAUAUGAGUACAUCAUCAGAAAUGCUACACAGGAGAGAACAAUGGCAGGGCAUGGGGAUGAUAUACGAUAUUUGUUUCAAUUACCUGACCCAAUAGAACCUUGGCAACGUGUACAGGACCUUCACAUGCAAGACAUCCUUGUGACUCUCUGGACUAACUUCGCUUCCACAGGGAACCCAACCAUCAAUGGCACUCUGGGAUUUAGAUGGACUCCUGUAGCACAUAACAAGCAUUCCUAUUACUUAUCCCUCACUACCAGCCCAUGCAUGCAACCAGUGCACAGCAAGACCCUUGAAUUUUGGAACUGCCUGCCAACCUCAACUUCUAUGCAACUCUACCCUGAACUUUUCCUUCAAAAUAGCAACAUGGCCUGCUAAUUGGCUGGUUGUUGAUCCAUGUUCUGCUCUCUUCACCCAGCAAGAGGAGUACUAUCUCACCCGCUCAAGCUAACUGUGGACAGCAUCUAGAGGUGCACACUAAUGCAUUACUAAAAAUGAGUUAUCUUUUUCCACUGUUGUAUGCAACUUAAAAUUCAAUUUUGAAGUACUACUGUAGAUUCUUUCCUUAUGUAAAGCACAAUUUUACUCAUGAGAGGCUGUGAUUAUGUGACUCAUUUUUUUAGCUCAGAAAUAAAAUACCUUACACUGGCAACAUUGCAUGGAGCUGUAUCGUCAUCAAGCAUCUCAGCCCUAAAUAAUAUCCUCCCAUUAAGGCAUUAAGAUCAGGUCAAAAUCUGAUUCUUCUCCAAGAGAAAAGUCAAUAGUCACAAAAGCUUUUUGAAUACAGUCAGUCAACAUGACAGACCUAAAUGAGGCUUCAUACAAAACCUGAACACCAAUAUAGAAACACCAUUAUGAAGAAAUAGCAAACCUGCACUUCAUAAAGAUUGCAAACAAAAAAUACAGUUCCGUUCCUUAUAAGUAUAUUUUUUAAACUACUAUAUGACAAUGAAAUAUAACUAUCCUAUUUCUUAAGAUUAUGCUCAUGACAUAUGAUUAUCAGACACACAUCCACUGUUACAAUUAUUAUAUAAAAAGUUCUUGUGUGAUUGUACAUCCAUAUGUAUGGCAUCUUCCUGUAGUGAUUCAGUGCAAAGGUGGCAGCUGAAGGACAUGGUUAUAUAAACAGUACUCUCUUAAGUUUCAUGUUUGUUUUCUUACAAAGGCAUAGCACUAAACUUAGGAAUCACAAAACUCAGGAAUUGAAAACAAUGAAAAACACUUAUUUAUUCUAGAUGCAUGGCCUAGAAUUGUGUGAUUGUGUGUGCUCAGUCCUCACAUCCACCAUGACAGAGUGGUGUAGCACCGCCACAUCUACAAGUAGAACUGUGCUAGUGUGUCUGUUUUGUCCUCCCAUCAGGUAUGACAUGGUUGUGCAGCGCUGCCACUUCUAGAACUGUUUGUGUGUUUUGAUCUCCCAUCUGGUGUGAUGUGGUGGUGCAGCUCUGCCACAUCUGUUCCCUCCUACUUUCUCUGUCCUCAUUUUCGAUCCAAGGCUGGAUGUUGCAUCUAUGUGCAAAAUGACUUGACCUGCUCUCAUGCCCACACUCUUGAAUCUUCCGAGUUUUCCACCAUCUGGCUAUGACUACAGUGUCACUCACAAACUAAAUUUAUCUGUGCUGUAUACCUCUCACCUAAUUCCUCUGACUAUAAGAAAUUCUUUGAUUACUUAACUUACAAAGUGGAGCACAUUCUGACCCUCUUCCCUUUUGCAGAGAUCUCCAUUCUUGGAGACUUCAAUGUUCACCACCAGCUUUGGCUUUCCUCUCCCUUCACUGACCAUCCUGGUGAACUAGCCUUCAACUUUGCUGUCCUCCACAACCUAACCCUACUAUCAUAUUCCUAUCUUGGAGAUACACCCAACAUUCUUGACCUUUUCCUAACCUCUAAUCCUUCUGCUUAUGCUGUUAUCCGUUCUUCUACAAUGGGCUCCUCUGAUCACAAUCUCAUAUCUGUAUCUUGUUCUAUCUUUCCAAUCCCUUCCCAGGAUCCCCCAAAGCAGAGGUGCCUCUGGCAUUUUGCCUCUGCAGGUUGGGGGACCUGAGAAGAUAUUUUGCUGAUUUUCCUUGGAAUGACUACUGCUUCUGUGUCAGAGACCCAUCUCUUUGUGCUGAGCGCAUAACAGGUGAUAAUGUCUGGCAUGAAGGCAUACAUUCCUCACUCUUUUUCUCAACUAAACCUUCCAAACCCUGGUUUAACACAGCCUGUUCUUGUGCUAUACAUGAUAGAGAGGUACUUGAGCCUUCCAACACCAGAAUUUCAUGUGCUUUAUAUUUUUGCCCAGAACUAUGCAAAGUCUGUUCUCCAACUAGCCAAAAACUCCUUCAUUAAUAGUGUCAAAAUCUUUCAAGCUUUAACUCCCCUCAUGAUUUCCGGUACCUAGCCAGAAACAUCUCCAAUAACUGUUUCUUCUUUCCCUCCUUUAUUUCAACCAGAUGGCACCACUGCUAUCACAUCUAUCUCUAAAGCUGAACUCUUCACUCAAACAAUUGCUAAGAACUCUACCUUGGAUGAUUUAGGGCUUGUUUCUCCCUCUCCUCCACCUUCUGACUACUCCAUACUACCUAUUAAAAUUCUUUACAAUGAUGAUUUCCAUGUCCUCACUUUCCUAAACUGUCAAAAGGCUUAUGGACCUGAUGGGGUCCCUCCUACUGUUCUCCAAAACUGUCUCCGUGCUUGCACCUUGUCUAGUCAAACUCUUUCAAUUCUGUCUGUCAAUAUCUACCUUUCCUUCCUGAUGGAAGUUUGCCUACAUUCAGCCUGUUCCUAAAAUGAUUGAACAUUCUAAUCCUUCAAACUACUGUCUUAUUGCUUUAAUUUCCUGUUUAUCUAAAGUUUUUGAAUCUAUCCUCAACAGGAAGAUUCUUAAACCUCUAUCACUUCACAACCUUCUAUCUGAUUGCCAAUAUGGGUUCUGUCAAGGCCACUCCAAUGGUGAUCUGGCUUUCCUUACUGAGUCUUGGUCAUCCUCUUUUAGAGAUUUUGGUGAGACUUUUCCUGUUGCCUUAGACAUAUCAAAAGCUUUUGAUAAAGUCUGGCACAAAGCUUUCAUUUCCAAACUACCCUCCUACAGCUUCUAUCCUUCUCUCUGUAACUUCAUUUUAAGUUUCCUCUCUGACCAUUCAUUGCUGCUGUGGUAGACAGUCACUGUUCUUCUAAAUCUAUUAACAGUGGUGUUCCUCAGGGUUCUGUCCUGUCAUCCACUCUCCCUAUUAUUUAUGAAUGAUCUUCUAAACCAGGGAUUCCCAACCUGGAGUACAUGUACCCCCAGUGGUACAUUUGCACUUUUCAGGGAGUGCAUUAGAUCUCAGAGGAUAACCACUGUUGUGUAACACAUGGUGUUGUAAUCUGCAAUCAGAUUGCAGAUUGCAGAUUUUUUUUCCAAUUUCCUCAUUUUAGUAAGGAAAACUUUCAUCUAAAUCUAUCAAGAGUAGGGUGAACACCAUUUCACUCUCACUGUUAUGGAAAUAACCAUGGGCCUGAAAGGAUUAGGCACAGGAUGUAAUGAUCAUUACAAAUAAUUAUAAGAAAGAUA